CUUCCUCCUCUGCCUCCUUCGCUCUUCAUCUUCAAAGUCUGCACCUUUUAGCUCAGUAGUUGAUCUGCUUUAUAUCAGUGAAAAGGUUCAAGCUUUAGAAAUAAUGGCGGCCUUCCCUAACCUUAACUCUGAUGCUGGAUUGAAGAAGCUCGAUGAGCAUCUUCUCACUCGCAGUUACAUCACUGGGUACCAGGCUUCAAAGGAUGAUAUCACUGUUUUCGCAGCUCUUGCAAAGCCCCCAACUUCCCAGCAUGUGAAUGCUUCUCGUUGGUACAACCACAUUGAUGCCCUCUUGAGGAUCUCUGGUGUCUCCGCUGAAGGAAGCGGUGUCGUUGUUGAGGGAUCUGCCCCUAUCACAGAAGAGGCUGUUGCUACUCCCCCUGCAGCUGAUUCUAAGGAUGCUGCGGCUGAGGAAGAUGAUGAUGAUGUUGACCUUUUCGGAGAGGAGACAGAAGAGGAAAAGAAAGCUGCUGAAGAGAGAGCAGCUUCUGUGAAGGCAUCUACAAAGAAGAAGGAAUCUGGAAAGUCAUCAGUUUUGAUUGAUAUCAAGCCGUGGGAUGAUGAGACUGACAUGAAGAAGCUAGAGGAAGCUGUUAGAUCUAUUCAGAUGGAAGGAUUGUUUUGGGGAGCAUCAAAGCUUGUCCCAGUUGGUUAUGGUAUCAAGAAGUUGCAGAUUAUGUGCACUAUUGUUGAUGACCUUGUCUCUAUUGAUACCAUGAUCGAAGAGCAACUCACUGUUGAACCAAUCAAUGAGUACGUCCAGAGCUGUGACAUUGUUGCUUUCAACAAGAUAUGAAGAUGGAGAAAGCCUAAAGGAAGUUCUGAAGUUCUGUGUGCUAUCUGCCGCUUCUUCUAUAUUUUGUCUCCCCACUUGUUUUAGACUGUUGUUUUGACUUUAUGGCUUUCUCUUAUUGGUUUUGAUAUUUAAUUAAGAAUGACAAUUCAGUAUUGGAGGACUUUAUGACUAUUCUCUGCUUCCUGUUUCUUUAACUA